GAAGCCAGGCACGGUGCAGACGGCUGCCGAUUUUGGGGCUGGUCGGGAAAUCAAGGAGAACCCCCGCCAUGGACCCACCAUCACCGUGCAAGGCCUCCCACACCCAGCCUGCAGCUUCGUCCCCGCUAACCUCCUACCGCUGGCACACAGGGGGGGAUGGGGAGAAAGUGGCUGGAGGGUCCCGCUGGGGCCGACUUGCAGGCUGGGGGAGGGCGCUAAGCCACCAGGAGCCCGUGGUCAGCAGCCAGCCAGCCUCGCGCUCGCUGUUCCGGCGUGUCCUCUCUGCGCCCCCCAAGGAAUCGCGCACAAGCCGCCUCCGGCUAUCCAAGAGCCUCUGGGGGAGGCAUAAGAGCCUACCGCUGGAACCAGAGCCGGAGCCCCAGGCCCCAGAGCCUGAGGCAGAGCCAGAGACCCCUGCCCCACAGAUCCCAGAGGCCCCCACACCUGACGUACCCAUCUGGAACAUUGGGGCCUUCACCCUGCUUGAUGGCAAGCUGGUGCUCCUUGGCAAUGAGGAGGAGGGUCCUCGCCGGCCCCGGCUGGGGAGUGCUAGCUCUGGGGGCAGCAUCCAGGUGGCCAUGGGGAGCCUCAGGGAUCCAGAUCGGAUCCCUGGAAAGAUGGAGCCGGAGGCUGCUGGCCCCAACCAGGUCCACAAUGUUCGGGGAUUGCUCAAAAGGCUGAAAGAGAAGAAAAAGGCCAGGUCAGAGCUCGGAGCCAAUGCCUCCCGGGAUGGAACGCCCAGUGCUCUGGGCUCUCGGGAAUCGCUGGCCACACUCUCCGAGCUGGACUUGGGGGCCGAGCGGGAUGUGCGUGUCUGGCCCCUGCACCCCAGCCUCCUGGAGGAGCCCCAUUGCUUCCAGGUAACUUGGGCGGGCGGGAGCCGCUGCUUUUCAUGUCGCUCCGCCACUGAGAGAGACCGCUGGAUCGAGGACCUUCGCCGCCACUUUCAACCCAGCCAGGACAACUUGGAGCGGGAGGAGACGUGGCUGAGCGUGUGGGUGCACGAGGCAAAAGGGCUGCCGCGCGCGGCGGCGGGGACCGCGGGAGUGCGCGCCGAGCUGUGGCUGGACGGCGCGCUCCUGGCGCGCACAGCGCCGCGGGCUGGCCGGGGCCAGCUCUUCUGGGCCGAGCGCUUCCACUUCGAGGCGCUGCCUCCGGCACGUCGCCUGUCGCUGCGGCUGCGCGGAGCUGGCCCAGGGGGAGCGACGCUGGGCCGCGUGGCACUGGCACUGGAAGAGCUGGGCGUCCCCCGCGCCCCCGCCGCGGGCCUGGAGCGCUGGUUCCCGCUGCUCGGGGCGCCGGCAGGCGCAGCGCUGCGGGCGCGGAUCCGAGCGCGGCGCCUGCGUGUGCUGCCGUCCGAGCGCUACAAGGAGCUGGCGGAGUUCCUCACCUUCCAUUACGCGCGCCUCUGCGGGGCGCUGGAGCCCGCGCUGUCGGCCCAAGCCAAGGAGGAGCUGGCGGCUGCCAUGGUGCGCGUGCUGCAGGCCACCGGCCGGGCUCAGGCACUGGUGACAGACCUGGGCACCGCAGAGCUGGCACGCAGUGGAGGCCGUGAGGCGCUGCUGUUCCGGGAAAACACAUUGGCCACCAAGGCCAUCGAUGAGUACAUGAAGCUGGUGGCACAGGAUUACCUCCAAGAGACUCUGGGGCAGGUGGUGCAGCGCCUCUGUGUCUCCACCGAGGACUGUGAGGUGGACCCCAGCAAGUACCCGGGCCCAGAGCUGCCACAGCACCAGGCCAGGCUGCGAAACAGUUGUGAGGAAGUCUUCCAAAAGAUCAUCCACUCCUACAACUGGUUCCCAGCGGAGCUGGGCACUGUGUUCUCAGAUUGGAGAGAAGCAUGCAAGGCACGUGGCUCUGAGGCACUGGGCCCCCGACUGGUGUGUGCCUCUCUCUUCCUGCGGCUCCUGUGUCCUGCCAUCCUGGCCCCCAGCCUCUUCGGUCUGGCACCAGAGCACCCCCCACCUGGCCCAGCCCGCGCCCUCACACUGAUCGCCAAGGUCAUCCAGAACCUCGCCAACAGUGCCCCGUUUGGUGAGAAGGAGGCCUACAUGGGCUUCAUGAAUAGCUUCCUGGAGGAUCAUGGGCCAGCUAUGCAACACUUCCUGGACCGAGUGGCCAUGGUGGAUGUGGAUGCAGCGCCCAGUGGUUACCAGGGCAGCAGUGACCUAGCCCUCCAGCUGGCAGUCCUGCACGCCCAGCUCUGUACCAUCUUUGCUGAACUUGACCAGGCAACCCGUGACAGCCUGGAGCCGCUGCCCACCAUCCUGCGAGCCAUUGAGGAGGGCCGGCCUGUACCCGUGACUGUGCCAAUGCGUCUCCCGCCACCCCCAGCCCAAGUUCACUCCAGCUUCUCUGCAGGGGAGAAGCCAGGCUUCCUGGCUCCCCGGGAUCUCCCCAAGCACACCCCACUCAUCUCCAAGAGCCAGUCUCUACGCAGCGUUCAUGGCGCAGGGAGUUGGGCGCGACCGCAGCCGGACGAAGAGCGGCCCCCGCGGCUGCCCCGGCCGGUGCAGCGCACGCAGAGCGUCCCUGCGGGCCGCCCGGCUCGUCGCCGACCCUCUGCAGGGCCCCGGCCACGACCCAAAAGCUCGCUACGCACGGGGCCCGCUCCCCGUGGCCGGCCCUGGACCGGGGCCUCAGCAUCGUUGCCUCGGAAGCCCUCGGUGCCUUGGCAGCGCCAGCUGGACCAGCCGCGGGACAGAGACCAGGCGCUGGGCACGCACCGACCCGUGGGCAAGUUGGCAGAGCUGCAGUGUGAGGUGGCCGCACUGCGCGAGGAACAGAAGACUCUGUCCAGCCUCGUGCAGUCGCUGGGCACCCACAUCCGGGCUUUGAAGGAGAAGCAGGAGCAGCUUCGGGGCCAGCUGCAAGAGCUGGACUCCAGGCUCCGCCAAGGGACCUCGCAGCUGGAUCCAGAGAGUGGCCCUCCAAGCGGUGAAGAGCACAGGCUGAAAAGUCUGGAGCGCCGCCUGGCUGAGAUGGAGAGUACUCAGGCCCAGCUGAGGAAUGCGGUGCAGAGCCUGCAGCUUCUUUCAAGAACGCCGGGAUCCCGGAGCCAGCCCCUCCCCCUCAAACCACCCUGUAUCAACGGAGAUACCACCUGAGCUGUCCGCCCUGCCUCACGUUGUCUGGGAGCAGAUAGCCGGCCUGGAGGUCCGUCCGACCCCUGUUCCAGCCCUAAGUGGCCUACAGUGGGAAGUGCAGCUGUAGCUGCCAAAAAGUCUGGCACUAUGAGGUUACCCAGUAAAAUUUUGAUUUCAGUAACAUCGAUGGAUUUUUUUUGCCCCUAAGUGUUGCCAAUCAGAAAGCACCCCCCUCCCACCAUUCAGGUCUCCCAAAUUCUCUCCUAUUUGGAGGUCUCGUGGAAGGGAUACAUAAGGAGAUUCUCACCCAGCUGUGUGACCUUAGACCUUUACUCUGUCAGAACCUCAAUUUCCUCAUCUGUAAAAUGGACCUAAAGUUUCUUGAAGACCCAUAGUUUAAGGUGUUCAAUAAAAGGCAUUCAUCAUUGUUAGAGGCAGCACCUGCUUCUCAAUGAGGCCCAGUCCCCAGAUGAGAGCAUCUUUCUAGGCCCCCAAAUCCCACACCAUCUCCCUCAUGACAGGGAAGGCAUGGGUCUGUGAGGCAGAUGAAGAAAGGGGUGAGUAGGUGUGAGGAUGGUUGAGCUCCGUGGGUGUUGUUUGGGUAAGUGGGUGGACAUUUGAAUCAUAGGUGGACGGAUGGGUGAGAGGUAGGGUGAAUGGGACAAUAGGCAGAUAAAUAGGUUAGCAUUUGGUGGAUAUUUGCCCUGGUAGGUGAGUACGUACGUAGGCGGGUAGCUGGGAUAGGUAUGUCAGCCUCAAAAAGGCCUGGAUUACAGUAGAAAAUAAAUAUGUGAGUUAACUGA